ACAAAAGGAGGCGCCGGAGGGGCGCAGCGGCUGGCGGCGGGACAGAGCAGCAGGGGCUCGGGGCUGCCGGCUGGGCGGCCGCGCGCGGCGGGCCCAGGGAGGCAGCUUCCAUGGAGCAAAAGGAAUGCCAGGACCCUGCCCAGACAGACGUGGGCCAGCCUCAGCACCAACAGCCAACUCGCAGAUAGCAGAGCCGUCCGCAGGGUUGAACCAUGAUUCCGGUGACAGAGCUCCGCUACUUUGCGGACACGCAGCCAGCGUACCGGAUCCUGAAGCCGUGGUGGGACGUGUUCACCGACUACAUCUCCAUCGUCAUGCUGAUGAUCGCGGUUUUUGGCGGCACGCUGCAGGUCACCCAGGACAAGAUGAUCUGCCUGCCGUGUAAGUGGGUCACCAGGGACUCCUGCAACGACUCAUUCCGGGGCUGGGCGGCCCCCGGCCCAGAGCCCCGCUACCCCAACUCCACCAUCUUGCCGAGCCCCGACGCUGGCCCCACGGGCAUCAAGUAUGACCUGGACAGGCACCAGUACAACUAUGUGGACGCCGUGUGCUACGAGAACCGCCUGCACUGGUUCGCCAAGUACUUCCCCUACCUGGUGCUUCUGCACACACUUAUCUUCCUGGCCUGCAGCAACUUCUGGUUCAAGUUCCCUCGCACCAGCUCGAAGCUGGAGCAUUUUGUGUCCAUCCUGCUCAAGUGCUUCGACUCGCCGUGGACCACGCGAGCCCUGUCGGAGACGGUGGUGGAGGAGAGCGACCCCAAGCCGGCCUUCAGCAAGAUGAACGGCUCCAUGGACAAGAAGUCGUCGACGGUCAGCGAGGACGUGGAGGCCACCGUGCCCAUGCUGCAGCGAACCAAGUCUCGGAUCGAGCAGGGCAUCGUGGACCGCUCGGAGACGGGCGUGCUGGACAAGAAGGAGGGGGAGCAGGCCAAGGCGCUGUUCGAGAAGGUGAAGAAGUUCCGGACCCACGUGGAGGAGGGGGACAUCGUGUACCGUCUCUACAUGCGGCAGACCAUCAUCAAGGUGAUCAAGUUCAUCCUCAUCAUCUGCUACACCGUCUACUACGUGCACAACAUCAAGUUCGACGUGGACUGCACCGUGGACAUCGAGAGCCUGACGGGCUACCGCACGUACCGGUGCGCCCACCCCCUGGCCACGCUCUUCAAGAUCCUGGCGUCCUUCUACAUCAGCCUGGUCAUCUUCUAUGGCCUCAUCUGCAUGUACACGCUCUGGUGGAUGCUCCGGCGCUCCCUCAAGAAGUACUCGUUUGAGUCCAUCCGCGAGGAGAGCAGCUACAGCGACAUCCCCGACGUCAAGAACGACUUUGCCUUCAUGCUGCACCUCAUCGACCAGUACGACCCGCUCUACUCCAAGCGCUUUGCCGUCUUCCUGUCGGAGGUGAGUGAGAACAAGCUGCGGCAGCUGAACCUCAACAACGAGUGGACGCUGGACAAACUGCGGCAGCGGCUCACCAAGAACGCGCAGGACAAGCUGGAGCUGCACCUGUUCAUGCUCAGCGGUAUCCCCGACACCGUGUUCGACCUGGUGGAGCUGGAGGUGCUGAAGCUGGAGCUGAUCCCCGACGUGACCAUCCCGCCCAGCAUCGCGCAGCUCACGGGCCUCAAGGAGCUGUGGCUGUACCACACGGCCGCCAAGAUUGAGGCGCCCGCCCUGGCCUUCCUGCGCGAGAACCUGCGGGCGCUGCACGUCAAGUUCACGGACAUCAAGGAGAUCCCGCUGUGGAUCUACAGCCUGAAGACGCUGGAGGAGCUGCACCUGACGGGCAACCUGAGCGCGGAGAACAACCGCUACAUCGUCAUCGACGGGCUGCGCGAGCUCAAGCGGCUCAAGGUGCUGCGGCUCAAGAGCAACCUGAGCAAGCUGCCGCAGGUGGUCACGGACGUGGGCGCGCACCUGCAGAAGCUGGCCGUCAACAACGAGGGCACCAAGCUCGUCGUCCUCAACAGCCUCAAGAAGAUGGCCAACCUGACAGAGCUGGAGCUGGUCCGCUGCGACCUGGAGCGGAUCCCCCACUCCAUCUUCAGCCUCCACAACCUGCAGGAGAUCGACCUCAAGGACAACAACCUCAAGACCAUCGAGGAGAUCAUCAGCUUCCAGCACCUGCACCGCCUCACCUGCCUUAAGCUGUGGUACAACCACAUCGCCUACAUCCCCGUCCAGAUCGGCAACCUCACCAACCUCGAGCGCCUCUACCUGAACCGCAACAAGAUCGAGAAGAUCCCCACCCAGCUCUUCUACUGCCGCAAGCUGCGCUACCUGGACCUCAGCCACAACAACCUGACCUUCCUCCCCGCUGACAUCGGCCUCCUGCAGAACCUCCAGAACCUGGCCGUCACGGCCAACCGGAUCGAGGCGCUGCCGCCGGAGCUCUUCCAGUGCCGGAAGCUGCGGGCCCUGCACCUGGGCAACAACACCCUGCAGUCACUGCCCUCACGGGUGGGCGAGCUGACCAGCCUGACCCAGAUCGAGCUGCGGGGCAACCGGCUGGAGUGCCUGCCCGUGGAGCUGGGCGAGUGCCCGCUGCUCAAGCGCAGUGGCCUGGUGGUGGAGGAGGACCUGUUCAACACUCUGCCCCCCGAGGUGAAGGAGCGGCUCUGGAGGGCUGACAAGGAGCAGGCCUGAGUGCCCACGGGCGCUGAGCAGAACACGGCCGCCCAGAACAGCCAGCAGCGGGGCCUCUGGGGAGGCCACAGGCCCAGGAGCCCGGGAGCCCCUGCCUGACGCCCAGCUGGGCCUCUCAGUGGGGGCGGGGCAGGAGCCGGGCCCGCAGGACCACCCCUGAGGGGCUGGCCCCCUUCUCCUCGAGACUCAUGCCCCGCGGGGCAGGCGCCUGCGGGGGAGAUCAGAGACCUGUAUGUAGUCCAUCUCUGAGCACAGUAUUUGGACAAUCAGGGCCUCCUCCCUGGAGGCCAUCUCCGCCCCAGAGGCUGAGCUGACACUAGAGGGCCAGGGACACCUACUUAGGUCUUGGUAUUUAUUUUCUCCGCCUCCCACCCCCUCCCUCCAGAUAACUUAAACAUUCCCAAGAAAGUUCAGUUCCAAUGGGGGGGUGUCUGAGGAAGGGUGGGCUGUGUUUCCCUUUUCCUUUUUUUGGUGGUUUCAAAACCAUUUAGGGCCCACCCAGCCUUAGAGCGGUCCAGGGUGAACCAGCUGUGAGACGGUCACCCCAGAGGUGUCAGGCUGGGCUCUGGUGGCACGGCCCCGUGGGAAAGCAGGCCACCAGGUGGAGAGGCCACGCCUGGGGUUUGCCGCAGCAGUUUAGGUUUUUUUUUUUAAGUAAACAAUUUUUUUUAAGCUUUGAAAAUUGAUGGUUUGGGUAU